AAAAGCGUGCCCGUGAUUGGUUGUGGCCGCUUGUCAAUCACGUACAUGGGCGGUGUCAGGUGACAUAUGAUAGUGAGUUCCAGUAAGCGCACUUAGAGUUUUGGUACACAGACAUUCAACAAGCGACAGCAACAGGACUAUCACCUAAUACUGGACUGGACUGGAUUAUAAAACUUUAUAACAACACCAAUCUGAUGCCGUUGUAGCCACGUUGUGACUUUUCAGUCGUUUCCAAUGUAACCAAGUCAGUUUAAAGUAACAGCAUUUUCUUUCUGUUUGUUCUUUCGUUUUUCACGUUUUUUUUCCUUGAUUGUCAUAUGUGACAUUUUAAGAGACAAACAGUAUUGCUGGUACCAUGGCUGACGCAGCCCAAAACCAGAUGGUCGAGAUCGACCCGGACUUCGAGCCCCUCUCCAGACCCCGCUCCUGUACUUGGCCGCUGCCGCGUCCGGAGUUCCCCAACCCCACCGCCGCCGACUCCAACACAUCGUCCCCGGCCCCGUCCGUCAAGCAGGAGCCCUCCAGCAACACGGACUUUAUUAACAACCUCAGUUUGCUGGAAGAGAAUGAGGACUACCCUGAUCAGAAGCCCCUCAUGCUGUGCGGCGAUUUCCAAUGCCAAGAGAACUGCAUCCACCAGCAGCAAAUCCCAAGUCACCAGCAACAGGUGCCAGUGCUUUCUUCUCCGGUGGCCGCCGCCGCUGCAGCCGCUGCAGCUGCUCAGCGCAAGAGCAGUUCGUCCAGGCGCAACGCCUGGGGAAAUAUGUCAUACGCGGACCUGAUUACCAAAGCCAUCGAGAGCUCCCCCGAAAAACGUCUCACCUUGUCUCAGAUCUACGACUGGAUGGUGAAAAGCGUCCCUUAUUUUAAGGACAAAGGGGAUAGUAACAGCUCCGCUGGUUGGAAGAACUCAAUCAGACACAACCUGUCCUUACAUAGCAGGUUUAUCCGGGUGCAGAAUGAGGGGACAGGUAAGAGCUCUUGGUGGAUGCUCAACCCUGAGGGUGGCAAAAGUGGCAAGUCACCUCGACGCAGAGCUGCAUCUAUGGACAACAACAGCAAGUUUGCCAAGAGCAGAGGACGAGCAGCAAAAAAAAAGCUGGCUCUUCAGGGUGGGCCUGAAGGGGGUGCAGAUAGUCCAGGCUCUCAGUAUGGCAAAUGGCCAGGCAGUCCGAACUCCCACAGCAAUGAUGAUUUUGAUGCCUGGACGGCUUUCCGUCCUCGCACCAGCUCCAAUGCCAGUACACUAAGCGGUCGUCUCUCGCCCUUUAUCGAUGACGAACUUGGUGACUCUGAUGUCCACAUGGUCUACCCAGGCCCUGGAUCAGGUGCCAAAAUGACCUCCACUCUCCCCAGCUUGUCUGAAAUGGCUGGUUCUCUCAGUCACAGUGGCUCUGAGAAUGUGAUGGAGAACCUUCUGGAUAACCUCAAUUUGCUCUCACCUAAGAACCAAUCUGUGGGGUCCACAGGAGGGCCUGGGUCAGGAUCCAACCAGUCCUCACCUUCUUCACUCAUGCAGGCCAGCCCAGGUUACUCCCCUUACAGUUCCCCAGGUCUAGCUGCAGUCAACCAGCAGACCCAACAAGACUAUCGUAAGUGUCUUUAUGGCCAGGCAGGAAUGGGUAGUAUGUCCCCAAUGCCAAUGCAGCCUCUACAAGAAAGCAAGCCCAGUUUUGUUCCUGGCCCAGGAACUUUGGGCCAGUUUAAUUGCACAGCAGGUCUGCUGAAGGAGCUUCUUACAUCUGAUGGAGAGCCUGGAGAGCUCAUGCCCUCGGUGGACACAGUCGUCUCCCAGUCAGCUGGAGGCAGUGGAUGUAUGUUGCCGCCCUAUAAUAGUGGGCGGAGCGAACUUAUGGGAGGUGGAGCAUCCCACAGCCAUGCCCUUUCUCAUCCACACAAUAUGCAUGGACAAGCCACAUCUCUGGCAUUGAAUGGGAGAUCGUUGCACCCUCUGACCGGAAUUGGUCACAGCAGUGCUGGUGGACGCUUAGGAAGCAUCAAGUCAGCCAUGCAGAUGCAGUAUGGAGGCUCCAGUCAUCUUGGAGGUGGCCUUCCUCCUUACUGCAGUGUCAACAGCAAUGGAUAUGGGCACAGCCCAGGGAUGAUGCCCCACCCACAACAGCAACACCUGGAGAAGCUGCCCAGUGAUCUGGAUGGGAUGCCUGUGGAACGUUUUGAAUGCGAUGUUGAGUCCAUCUUGCAUGAUACGCUCAUGGACGGAGAAUCGCUUGACUUCAACUUUGACCCCAUGGCCACCCAACAGGGGUUCCCACCUCACAGUGUGAAGACCACCACCCACAGCUGGGUGUCUGGGUAAAAAUCCUCUCAACUGGAAAACAGCAGCAUAAAGCGGCUGUCCACAAGCAUCAAAC